CACCGGCACGCUUAGCAUAUGCCACUAAAUAUUCGGAGAAGCGCUCCCUUGUCCUCGUCCCCCUCCACACCUCUGCUUUGCUCUCCUUAUAUCAGGAGCACCAUCCACGGUGCAUCCAGCAUCCUACCCUUCCGGCCUUCACAUUUCUGUCCAUUAAAGUGCAAAGAAACCAGACCGAUCGGAUAGCUAGCCAUCGAUCUGGGGAUCAGCGAUUAGCAGGGAGUUGAUUUAUUGGUUGGUUUGAUUCGAGGAUGAAGUUUGGCAAGUGGCUCAAGAGGCAGAUCGAGCAGAGCCUCGCGGAGUGGCGCGACCAGUUCCUGCGCUACAAGGAGCUCAAGCGCUGCGUCAACGCCAUCCCCGGCGCCGGCGGCUGCCCGCCGUCGCCCGCGGAGGAGGCCGAGUUCGUCGCCACGCUCGACGCCGAGAUCGAAAAGAUCAACGCCUUCUUCCUCGAGCAGGAGGAGGAGUUCAUCAUCCACCACCGGGAGCUGCAGGAGGACAUCAGCCGGGCGCUGGCCCGGCGGGCGGCCGGGCUCGUGACGCCGGGGCAGCACGAGGCCGCCGUCGCCGCCAUCCGCCGGGAGAUCGUCGACUUCCACGGCGUCAUGGUGCUGCUCCUCAACUACAGCAGCAUCAACUACAUAGGUCUGGCCAAGAUCCUGAAGAAGUACGACAAGCGCUCCGGCGCGGUGCUGCGGCCGCCGGUGCUGGAGGCGGUGCUGGAGCAGCCCUUCUUCGAGACUGAGACGGUGUCGCAGCUGGUGCGUGAGUGCGAGGCCAUGAUGGAGGCCGUCUUCCCGGAGGUGCCCGAGGGGCAGGCCGCCGCGCGCCGGGACCGGGAGGCACUCGCCGUCGCGGAGCAGAGCAUCUUCCAAAACACCGUGGCGGCGCUGCUCACCAUGGAGGACGUGCGCGCCUGGAGCUCCACCAGAGGCCGACACUCGCUGCCGCCGCUCAACCUGCCGGACUCCGACUGGCUCCGCUCGUUCCAGAUGAUCCCCACCCAAUGACAAUAGCCGCCGCCUCUGUUUUCCCGCGCCUUCUCGGCUUGGCCCCUCGGGAAAUGCAGCUGUGCUUUGUCGCCUGUAAUUUCUAAUUUUUUUUAAGUAACGCAGACUAAAUAAUGGAAAUUACAAUGGUGAGAUGUGAGCUACCUUACAAAUGAAAAAAUUGUACAGCUUGAUGUAAUAUCUGAGUGAAAGGUUAGAGCAUCUCCAACAGUUUCUAAUA